GCAAGAGGUGGCAACCUGGACAUCUCCCAGGUUUUCUAGUCCCAUGACCACUACACCAUCUAUUACACAGAAGACGUACAGACCCUGCCCAAGGAGCAACAGAAACCGACAGGAAGGCCCCCUGGGUGCGUGCCCACACGUCGCUAUGCCGCUGUGGCCACCUCUCCUAGGCCGAUGGAAGCCAGGGCAGAAGGCCGCGCCUGGGGCCUCUGCACCGCUCCCCACACAGGACUUCGAGGCCCUGCAGGAGCAGUGCCUGAGGGAUGGCUGCCUCUUUGAAGACAGCAGCUUCCCGGCCACCCUGAGCUCCAUCGGCAGCGGGCCCCUGCUGCGCAAGCUGCCGCCCUGCCUGCAGUGGAGGAGGCCGCCGGAACUGCACAGCAACCCCCACUUCUAUUCUGCCGAGGCCAAAAGACUGGAUCUGUGCCAGGGACUGGUAGGUGACUGCUGGUUCUUGGCUGCCUUGCAAGCUCUGACUUUGCACCAGGACAUCCUGAGCCAGGUCGUUCCACUGAAUCAGAGUUUCACCAAGAAGUAUGCUGGCAUCUUCCAGUUCCGGUUCUGGCACUUUGGGAAGUGGGUUCCUGUGGUAAUAGAUGACCGACUGCCUGUGACUGAAGCUGGCCAGCUGAUCUUCGUCUCUUCCACCUACAAGAACCUGUUCUGGGGAGCUCUUCUGGAAAAGGCCUAUGCCAAGCUCUGUGGCUCCUAUGAAGACUUACAGCAUGGAGAGGUGUCUGACGCCCUUCUGGACUUCACUGGUGGGGUGACAGUGACCAUCAAACUGGCAGAAGCCCCUGGAAACCUCUGGGACAUCCUAGCCGGAGCCAUCUAUGGCAGAACCCUCAUCGGCUGCCAGACCCACUUAGGGAACGAGCGCGUGCUGGAGAACGGGCUGGUGGACGGCCAUGCCUACACGCUCAUAGGGAUAAGGAAGGUGACCUGCAAACACGCACCCGAAUAUCUAGUCAAGCUGCGGAACCCCUGGGGGAAGGUGGAGUGGAAAGGAGACUGGAGUGACAGCUCAAGAACGUGGGAGCUGUUGAGCCCCAAGGAGAAGAUGAUGCUGCUGAGAAAAAACAACGAUGGAGAAUUUUGGAUGUCACUUAAGGACUUUAUAGCACAUUUCAAGCUCCUGGUCAUCUGUAAGCUGACCCCGGGCCUGCUGAGACACGAGGUGGGCCAGAAGUGGUCGUACACCAUGCUGGAGGGGCGAUGGGAGAAGGGCAGCACGGCUGGCGGCCCCAUGACGUUGCACCGAGCCCGAGGCGCAUUUUGGAAGAACCCGCAGUUCCUGCUGUCCGUCUGGAGGCCCCAGGAGGGCGAGAUGUUCCCGAAGCCCUGCAGCGUGCUGGUGUCCCUGCUCCAGAAGCCCAGGCACCGGCACCGCAACCGGAAGCCUCCCCUCGCCAUCGGCUUCUACCUCUUCAGGAUGAGCAAGUUCUUCGAUGACCGGGAGAAACUGCCCCGUGAGUUCUUCUUGCAAAAUAAUCCCCUGAGUUUUCCUGAGGCAUUUCUCCCAGAAAAAGAAGUGAGUCAGGAGCUGUGGCUGCAGCCGGGGACGUACCUCAUUGUGCCCUGCACGUCGGUGGCCUGCCAGGAGUCCGAGUUUGUCCUCAGAGUCUUCUCCAGGAAGCACAUCUUCUAUGAGAUUGGCAGCAAUUCCGGAAUCGUAUUCUCUAAGGAGAUAGAAGACCAAACUGAAGGGCAUGACGAAGUCUUCGCCAAACUCUUUGAACAGUGUCCAGAAAUAAACGCAGUUCAACUGCAGAGGAUCCUGAACCACCUGACCUGGUCAGGUCUGGGGAGCACACGGCCCCUCUUCAGCCUCGAUGCCUGUCAGGGGAUCCUGGCCCGACUGGACCUGAAUGCAUCGGGUACCAUGAGCAUCCAGGAAUUCAGGGACCUGUGGAAGCAGCUGACGCUCUAUCAGGAAGUUUUCCACAAGCAAGACAGAGCUGGGUCAGGAUGCCUGAACUGUGCCCAGCUGCAGGCUGCCAUGAAGGACGCAGGAAUCGCGCUCAGCCGUGACAUCUGCCUGCUGAUGCUUACCCGCUAUGGCAACCCCAGCCUGCAGAUGGACUUCGUCAGCUUCGUCCUCCUGAUGCUGCGGGCCGAGGAGAUGGAGAGUAUUUUCCAAAACUUAACCCAAGAUGGCAAAGGGAUAUACCUCCAGAAGUCAGAGUGGCUGAUGAUGACCCUGUACUGUUGAGAAGGCUGGAGCGUCGUCUGCUCUCACGGAG